CAGUAGAGUAGGGAGUGAGUGAGUAGUAGAUAACCUUGAUUGAAGUGAAGUCAUCACAUCACAUGAAUCUCCUCACUCAUUCACUCACCCAAUCUCCCAUCUACCACUGUCUUUCCUUAACCCCUCGAAUCUCUCCACGCGCCACCCUCCUCUUUUACUCACCAAAGCAGCGCGUGUAUCUUACCUCCCCUUGUAAAAAAACAGACACACCAAAGAAGAAACAAAACAACCUAAAAACUUGCUUCCUACUUUCCAAUUAUAGCAUUCUCUCCUUUCCCUUUGGAUCACACAAAAAAACACGAAAAAAAAACAAAAAAAAAAAAAACAAAGAUCUCUUUCCUUUUCUCUUUGUUUUUUUUUUUCUUCACACUUUUGUUUCAUUUUGUUGUUGUUAACGUCAAUGUCUCGUGCACCAAAUUACGAGUUUCAAGAAUGGUGGAACAAACAAAGAGAAAAAGAAAAUCUAGAUUUAUUCGAAGAUAAUAAUAAAUCAGAUCAAUCUCAAUCUUCUUCUCCAUUUGUAUCCGUUGAUGUUAACGGAGGUGGAGGAGGAGGAGGAGGAGGAGGUGGAGGAAGCAACAACAACCGUUCAGAUCCAUCGGUGAAAAAAGAACGAACACGAAGUGCAAGACAGUUAUCAUGGGUUUGUUUGUUAAAAUUUCAACAAAUCGCUGCAACUGUUGGAUUUAUAUCAAAUGGAUUACUUUAUCUUGUAAGGACAGCGAAUAGACGAGUUUUAUCGCGCGAUUCCAGUGCUGAUUCAUCGUCUUCGCGGCUUUACAGGGUGAUUAGGGUGUUUUUAAUUGUGGUAGUUGGUUUGUUAGGGUUUGAGUUGGUUGCAUAUUUUAAAGGCUGGCAUUUUAGGCCGCCAUCGGUUGGUUCUGCUGAUGUGUUGGGAUUGGUUGCAGUGUUUUACGCGAGGUGGAUUGAUAUUCGGGCGAAUUAUUUGGCGCCGCCUUUGCAGAGUUUGACGAAUAUGUGUAUUGUGCUUUUCAUUGUGCAGUCUGUGGAUAGGAUUAUUUUGAUUUUAGGGUGUUUUUGGAUCAAGUUUAGGAGGAUUAGGCCUGUUGCUAGUGUGGAUUAUGAUGAUGGGAGUGUUGAGAGUACCAUGGAUUAUCCUAUGGUUUUGGUUCAGAUUCCUAUGUGUAAUGAAAGGGAGGUUUACCAUCAAUCCAUUGCAGCAGUCAGUAUCCUGGAUUGGCCAAAGGAGAGAAUGCUUGUACAAGUUCUUGAUGAUUCAGAUGAAGUAGAUAUCCAAAACCUUAUCAAGGCAGAAGUGCAUAAAUGGCAACAAAGGGGUGUUCGGAUCAUAUAUAGACAUAGACUUAUACGUACAGGAUACAAGGCAGGGAAUCUUAAAUCUGCAAUGAGUUGUGAUUAUGUUAAGGAUUAUGACUUUGUGGCAAUAUUUGAUGCUGAUUUCCAGCCAACACCAGAUUUCUUAAAGAAGACAAUACCUUAUUUCAAGGGAAGGGAUGAUUUGGCAUUAGUCCAGGCAAGGUGGGCAUUUGUAAACAAAGAUGAGAACUUGCUUACAAGAUUACAGAAUAUCAAUUUAUCGUUCCACUUUGAGGUUGAACAGCAGGUGAAUGGUAUCUUUAUUGAUUUCUUUGGUUUCAAUGGAACUGCUGGUGUCUGGAGAAUAAAGGCCCUAGAGGAGAGUGGCGGCUGGUUAGAGCGAACAACUGUUGAGGACAUGGACAUUGCUGUUCGUGCUCAUCUAUGUGGAUGGAAGUUUAUUUUUCUCAAUGAUGUUAAGUGCCUCUGUGAGCUUCCAGAGACAUACGAGGCGUAUAAAAAACAACAGCACCGCUGGCAUUCUGGUCCAAUGCAAUUGUUUCGUAUGUGUUUUGUUGAUGUAAUUCGUUCGAAGGUUAGUUGGGCAAAAAAGUUCAACUUGAUAUUUCUUUUCUUCCUCCUGAGGAAGCUUAUUCUGCCAUUUUAUUCGUUUACCCUCUUCUGCAUUAUUCUUCCAUUGACGAUGUUCCUUCCGGAAGCUGAGCUCCCAGCAUGGGUUGUUUGUUACAUUCCUGGAGUCAUGUCUAUCCUAAGUGUUCUUCCAGCCCCACGGUCAUUCCCAUUUAUAGUGCCUUAUCUUCUAUUUGAGAACACUAUGUCAGUAACUAAGUUUAAUGCAAUGAUAUCCGGAUUAUUUCGCUUUGGAAGUUCUUACGAAUGGGUGGUUACAAAAAAAUUGGGAAGGUCAUCAGAGACAGAUUUGGUUGCCUAUGAAAAGGAAUCCGAACCUCUAAUGCGAUCUAAUAGUCUGCAUAGAUCUUCCUCAGAUUCAGGUAUUGAAGAGCUAAGCAAACUAGAACUGUCAAAGAUAGCUCCGCAGACCAAGAAAAAUCGUCUCUACAGGAAAGAACUUGCUCUUGCAUUUAUUUUAUUAACUGCCUCAGUUAGAAGCUUACUUUCUGCUCAAGGAAUUCACUUCUACUUCCUAUUAUUUCAAGGGGUAAGUUUUCUUGUUGUUGGUCUUGAUUUGAUUGGAGAGCAGGUUAGUUGAGCUCCAACUUUUUGUGGAUGCAAAACCUCCUUUCAGAUCUUCAUUGAUUCAUGAUAAAAGGUCACAAUGGCCAAAACUUAAACCUAUCUCAGAACAUACUUAUUUUGAGCCUAAGAUGUUCUCAGUGGUUUUGGCUACCAAUUUACAGCAAAUCAGUUGCUGCUUGGCACCAAAUUUGCAGUACUGUUUGCUUUUUGUUGUAAAGACUACUGCCUCAUUGUUGUUGCCAAGUCAUAUGCUUUAUAUGUUACAUAAAAGUUGUUUCAGUUCUGAAUGGCAAAAUAUGUUGACACUUGAAGAAGAUAGGUUUCGGGCCUAUAAAGCAAUAUACAGUUCUUGCCUGCCUGAACUGAAAAGGCGGAGAUUGUUAGAUUACAACAUUUGUUAUUCUUUUUCAAUAUUUUUGAUAAACUGUACAAUUUCAUAGUUUCAUUGUGUUGUUGCUUAAAUUGUAUUUGUUAUUGAGACACUCAGAUUUCUGGUACAAACCAAGAUUGUUAGCAAGCAUGUUUUCAUUGUUGUUCAUCCA